UGGGCGUGUUCCGACCAGCCGUAAAGCGAAAAGCAGGAAGUAAUCCACUGUUUUGGUUUUGUCAUCUCAAAAGUGGUUAAAAACCUGUGUUCCUGUUUGGAUUUUCUACUUUCGGAGCGGGAUUUGAUCUAAAGUAACCGAGCCGAUCAACAAAACAAACAGUGAAGCCGUGAAGCUCAUGAUAUGAGUCGUAGUCGGAACCCCCCUCCUCCUCCUCGCGGUCAAGGAGCAGCCCGGGCCAAACAGAUGGGGCUGCUUCUUCACCUUUCCCCGGACGGAGGAAUGGAUGAUGGGGGAAACGAUGACGAGCUGGAGGCAGAGCUCCUCAGUCUGGUGGGAGGAGGUGGAAAAGGAGGGCGGCCACAGGGGAAGAAAGGAGACGGAAAAGCUCCUGUUCCCAUGGCUGAUAUUGAGAGAAUGGCAGCUCUUUGUAUGAAAGAUCCGGAUGAUGAUGAAACUGGGGAUGACAAUUUGGAGGAUGAUGAAGAUCUGCUGGCUGAAUUAAAUGAGGUUUUGGAGGAUGACGAGGAGGUUUCUCCAGCGCCAAUGCCUCCUGCUGUCACACCGAUUGCUCCUAAAGUAAACGUCACAAGCCAUCCUGCUCCUCCUGCUGCUCCCGGUGGUGCAUCCGGGUUGGAAUCGCGUCUUUUGGAGCGGAUUGAAAUGUAUCAAAAAGCCAUCUCUAAUGCCAAGGCUGCAGGCGAGACCAGCAAAGUUCGAAGAUAUGACCGAGGAUUGAAGACAUUACAGUCCAUGCUGACAUCUGUCAAGAAAGGGAAACCAAUCAACGAAGAGGAGAUUCCUCCACCUGUCGCUGUAGGAGGAGCUUCAAACGCCACGGCUGAGCCCAGCCCUGUGACGGAACGAGACCCACCGGGGCCAGCCUUGAUGCCCCCUGCUUCUUCAGCUCAGAAACCACAGAGGGAGGUUGCACCCACAGCUCCAAACACCAAGCCAACUAACCUGUGCCCUCCCCAAAAGCUGACUGCUGCCGGCACCCCAGAAACACCUGCGAUCUCUCCACUCACCCCCGUCCAGCCUGGUGCCCAGUACUCCGAGCUGAAACAGGCAGUGAUGUCGAGACAGAGGGAGUAUAAGAUGGCUGCCAUCCACGCCAAACAGAAUGGAGACGUCAACCUGGCUAAACAGCACUAUCUCACUGCCAAGAAGCUUGACUCGCUGCUGGAGGCUGUGGACCGAGGAGAAGCAGUAGUGCUGAGCUCAUUACCUCCUCCUCCUGGAGAUGUGGUAGAAAAAUGUUCUGCACCCGUUCCUCAGCAGGCUUCAUCCAAUCCUGCUGCUCCUGCUGCUCCUGCUGCUCCUGCACCCACAGCUCUUCCUGCUCCCACCAGUUUAGCCGAAGCCUUGAAGCAGAGGAUGGACAUUUACAAGCAAGCAGCCGAGGAAGCCAAAAGCAAAGGAGAUGAUCGAAAAGCUCGCAUGCACCAGCGCAUCAUGAAGCAAUAUCAGGAUGCCAUCAGAGCUCAUACCGCGGGCCGACCUGUCAGCCUGUCCGAUCUUCCGGUGCCACCUGGCUGCCCACCGCUUCAGGGCUCAGAGGGGAGUCAGCAGAACUUCAUGGGUGUUCUGGAAACGGCAAUGAAAAUAGCAAAUCAGGAUGCUGACGCAGAGGAUGAAGAGGAGGAAGGACAAAAAGAAGCUGCUAAGCCUGCAGUGCGUCCACCAGUCCAAAAGGCAAAGUCUCCAGCCCCCCAGCCCCCCCAGGCCCCUGGAGGAUCCUCAGCUCCAAAACUGGGACCCAAAGCUCAGCAGCAAGUCGAUUUCUUGUUGCUACGGCGACAGGCCUUCCUGCGUGCAGCGCUGCGAUCCAAACAGAUGAAGGACAUGGCAGGAGCAGCGCAGCACCUCAGACACGCUAAAGGACUGGACCCAAUGGUCACGGCUGCCAAGUCUGGCCUACCUGUUGACAUCACUAAGAUUCCGAGCGCUCCGGUGAGUGAGGAAGAUUAUUCCCUGGGUCGUUCCCGGACCUCUCCUGUCUCCCCUCGCUCCAGUGAAAAGUACCAUGGGCUCAUGGAUCUUCUACGAAAACAGCACGAGAAAUGUUUGAGCCUCUUGCAGCAGUUCACAUUAAUGGGCAACGUAACAGAAGCUUUGAAGUUUGAGAAGCUGGCUGAGGAGUGUAUAAAAUACAUAGAAAUACUGAAGAGUGCCUACGCUAAGGGCCACCCGGUCCCCAAAUGCCACACAGAGGAGAGAACCCUGAACUCUGUCAAGAUCCACUCCAGCCUGACGCCUAAUGACCUGCUGCUGUACAUCAUACGAGGCAUCAACCUGCCAGCUCCGUCAGGUGUCUCACCUAACGAUCUGGAUGCCAGUGUAAAAUUUGAGUUUCCUUUUCCCAGCUCGGAGGAGGCCCAGAGGGACAAAACCGGCACAGUAAAGAACACCAGCAGUCCAGAGUUUAAAGAGCAGUUCAAACUAAACAUCAACCGUAAUCACAGAGCCUUCAAACGGGUCGUUCAGUCCAAGGGCAUCAAGUUUGAAAUCGUCCACAAAGGGGGUCUGUUUAAGACUGAUAAAGUGGUGGGCACUGCUCAUCUGAAGCUGGAAGCUCUAGAAAAUCACUGUGACGUCAGAGAGAUCAUAGACGUGAUGGAUGGUCGUAAAGCUACAGGCGGGAAGCUGGAAGUGAGAGUGAAGAUCAGAGAGCCUCUUUCAGGCGCCGAUCUGCAGCCGGUGACAGAGAAGUGGCUGGUUCUGGAGCCGGUUUCAACUCCCCCUCCUCCAGAUAAACAAAAGGAGCGGGCUCCGUCUCCUCGAUCUAAACCCAGACAUGAAGUCAGUGGAAGAAGCAGUCAUCCCAACAACUCUUCUUCACAAUACAACCUCCACAGCUUCAGCCUCCUCAACUACGACAGAGAACGCUUCGAGAGGAAGAUCGCAGAUUACAGGAAGAAUCGGCAAGAUCCCCCAUCUGAUCUGAUCCAACAACACAAAGAGGUUACACACAGACUGCAGUGGCAGAAAGCACAGCUGGAACGAGCAUCUCCUGCUCUGCUGUCAGAUUACGAACAUGUGCUGCAGCGGCUCGUUCAAGGACUGUCCGAGUCCGUGAAAAAAUUCUCUAGCCAAGGCAACAGGGAUGCUGCUAAAGAUGCACUGGGCAGGUUGAAGAUGGUAGAAAGUGAGCUUGAGUCACUGAAAAGAAAACGCACGGGAUAAAAGAAGAACAAUGAAGCAGAGGCUUGGCUGGAGGACCGUUCUCUCUCGCUCGUACACACUCGCUCUCACACAGACGCUACAGUGGCUAACACAAAGCUCCUGUUUUAGUCCAAGACGGCUGCAUGACCCGGCCUGCUCACUCCUCACCUCUGCACCCCGUGUGCUGUCACCUCACCUGCCAUGGUCACUUUAUAAAACUGCAGCACGCAGAUAUUACAGAAAACAUUUAAAGGUAUGAAGAGCUGAAGACGAUGCAGACAUUUUUGCACUUGUACAAAAUACAAACACUACAGAAAUCUUAGUUUAAGCUGUUUUUUAAAAAAAAAUUUACAUUAAUCUUUUGGGAUUUAUUGGGGAAGAAAUCCAUUGAAAGAUUUUAGGUUUUACUUUUGACACCAGCUCUUUUGGUGACUAAAAAUGACCAAAAAUGUGUGUAUGUUGCAUGUGUGUGAGUACAUGUUCUUAAAUGUGUUUAACCGGUGAACUAAGGCGGUUUUAACUCUUUACAGAUAUUUUUUUGUGUGUGUGUAUGUGUGUGUAAUGAGCUUAAUCUAAUCUGUCUGCUCCAGUGUUCCCAGAUUACAGUAAUCUGCUUCAUUUGGAGUGUUGUGAUACGGGAAUAACAGAAGAAGAAAAAAAAGCAUAGCUUUGGGGUGCUAGAGCCUACAUCCCAUAAUGCGGGAUUAGUUUUAUGUCGCCAAGGAGCUGAGUAGAUCCAGACGUGGAGUCACUUUUCGGGGCUGUAAGGAGGCGUGUUCACACACAGCAGGUGUGUGAGCGCAGAUUGUUGCUGCUGCUUCAUCAUCGGCCAUUUUUCCGUCUCCUUCAUCGUUACUUCAGUUAUUUAUUUACACACAUUCAGAGAUUAUCCACUCUGUCCUGUGGAGAUGUCCAGCAGCAGCACACAGACGCAUCCGUCCACAACACGUCUCUGCAGUCUGAGUAAUUGCUAAUUUCCCUCUCAGACGUCCCUGCCAAAAACAUCUUCUCUGGAAUCGUUUUGGUGCUGGAGUCGAGCUACAAAAAUAAAAGUAGACAUCUUGAAACAACGCUAUUUAACACGUCACCUGUUAGUCUGACAACUUGAAAGCAGCUUCAUUUUUAGCCAGCCCGUUUAUAACAGAGUACUUUAUUUAAAAUUUCCUGUAAACUUGUGUAGCCUUCGGAUACUCUCUGGUUAUUCUAUUUAUAGUCAUGCAACGCUUCAUCAGAUAACUCUGUUUAAACUAAUCUGCCACCGUUGCAUAACAAGUAAUCCUAGUUUAGGUUGGACCUCACUACUGCAGAGGUUUUAUUAAUGUAAAACUUCUUUUCCUUAUUUCAGUUAAGACUGAUUUUUUUUAUAUUGAUAUUAGUAUUGUUAAAUAGACAGGAUAAUUGAAAAAUUUGCUUGGAAUAACAUGGAAUCGUGGUUUAAAAACUCCAGUGGUCUGAAAAGUUAAAUUUCUAUAGUUUCCUUUUGGUAAUGCUGUAAAGCAGGGGUGUCUCAGGUCUGGUCCUCGAGGGCCACUGUCCUGCAGGGUUUAGAUGUUUCUCUGCAUUGACACACCUGAUUUGAAUUAAUGAGCGAUUAACAGGCUUCUGCAGAAACUGAAGACCUGCUGAAGAUCAAGGAAAUAACUAAAUCUGCAGGGUAGUGGCUCUUGAAGACCAGGGUUGGGAACCUCUGCCUCUGGCCUUCAGAUCUAAUCUCUGUACUCUUGCAGUUACUGAUUUCUUUUAAUUUCUGAGCGUCGCUGAAGUGAAUUUGCAGGCUGUUAAAACUUGAUUUGGAGCAAAAUGAGUCCACUUUCCUGCCAGUCUUUGAUGCAUUAAUGCAGAAGUGCAGCUUAAAUGCUGAUUACUCUGAAAAGCUUUGCAUUAAGAGAGAUUUAAAUGACACAACUUUGAUAAAGAUGAAUGCAGACUUGAUGGAUUACAUAGUUUAUGCAGCUUUCAAAAAUCUUUUAGGUUUCUAUGCAUCAAAAAAAAUAAAAGGGAGUCCACCAGCUGCUUUUGAUGGUAGAAAAAAAUGUCAAUUAUUAAUUUUGUUUCUAAGUAGAUAUCCCUUCAAUUAUUAUAGCUAAUGCAUUUUUUCAACUGCCAUUAGCAACUAUUAUCACCACCUUUUUUUGCUUUAAGUUUGACAUUUUUUCUAGUGUUUGGCCUUCUCCAACAAGCAGACGUUAGGAUUUAAACGCAGACUGAUCAGGUUUUUGUUUGCAAAAGCAGCUGCUGUAAAGUGGGACUGCGCUCAGAAAGAGACUAAUUUGUCUGUCACAGAACAAAUGAAAAUUGGUAACAUUUUUAAGCAGUUUUAAUCCAGACACGAUUGAAAAAAGUCAUUUCAACAGACUUUUUACAGUUUUAUUAUUUGCCCAAACUAUAGACUGGAAACCACUAAAGCAUAGAAAAAUGAAAUGCUAACGGCAGCAUCUCACUCUGAGUCUUGUUAGUGAUUUAAAACUGCGAGGAAGUAGGCAGAUUUUCCAGCGCGGUGUCACUGAACGCUGAAUGUUUGCGACCAGGUGACCGGUGAGACGUGCCGCUGCCCUUUGUGAGGCCAGGGUUUGAAAAUCACAGCCUGUUUUUGUGUUCAUGGCUUGUAAAACUGUUGUGAGCAUCAAACCACAGCAGACAAAAUGACAGAGUUGGAAAAACUAACAGGAAAGUAUUUUUACUUGUUUGCAGAUUUGUUAUUUGGUCAUCAAUCACUUAGAGCUGGUUACUGAAAAUGUUUUGUUUUAUCAACGCUCCUGAAAGUACACACAUCAUAAAAUUUACAACCUUUGUAACUGGAUAAGUGUUUGCAUGAUUUAAAAUAUCACUACAAUAAAAAUCUGUCUAAGGUUUUCAGACAGACUAAUUAAGUCGGUGUAUUUUGGGGUUAAAACUAAGAAAAAGGAAAAAGGACAUAUUGUUAAAAUUUGUCCUCCUAGUGACCCACACUCCUCUGUUGCACUUACAACAUGUACACACACUCCUUCACACUUUUUUUAAUUGUUUUUUUCUGUCCUGUUCAAUGUCGUCAUACAAAAUGUUUAUCGUUGAAGUUUUGUUCAGCUGAAGUAAAUGUUUUCAUCUAUUGUUGAAUAAAUGACUUUUUAUAUCAGAAAAGUCAUGAAAGGGCAAUCGCUUCAGAUGUUUUUAUAUCCAGUAACUAAACAGCAUCGAAUGCUUUGUUUCUAUUUUUGAGUGCUGGUUCUGAUUUACGGACAAAGUGGGAAAAGUGAUGACCUGGUUCUUCAGGCCUCAAUGUAUGUGGUUGGUUUUAAUUCGAAUAAAAGGGUAACAAAAA